CCGCAGUGCCCGCGAAUUUUCCCUGCAGCCGGCCGACGCCUGGGUAUACGCCGCGGAGAUGCGGGGCCCGUCGUUCCUAACCACCGCUUACCUUCUCUGCGUGUGGACCUCCGCACUGGCCGCGGCCCCCGGGCCCCGGUUUCUGGUGACAGCCCCUGGGAUCAUCAGGCCAGGAGGAAAUGUGACUAUUGGAGUGGAGCUUCUGGAACACAGUCCCUCACAGGUCACUGUGAAGGCAGAGCUAUUGAAGAUGGCAUCAAAUGUCACUAUCCCCAUCCUGGAAGCAGAAGAGGUCUUUGAAAAAGGCUCUUUCAAGACACUCGUUCUUCCAUCUCUACCUCUGAACAGUGUGAAUGAGAUUUAUGAGCUACGUGUAACAGGCCGUGCCAAGGAUGAGAUUCUAUUCUCUAAUAGUACUCUUCUAUCAUUCGAGACCAAGAGAAUGUCUGUGUUCAUUCAGACAGACAAGCCUCUGUACAAGCCAAAGCAAGAAGUGAAGUUUCGUGUUGUUACACUCUUCUCAGAUUUCAAGCCUUACAAAACCUCUUUAAACAUUGUAAUUAAGGACCCCAAAUCAAAUUUGAUCCAACAGUGGCUGUCAGAACAGAAUAAUCUUGGAGUUGUUUCCAAAACUUUUCAGUUAUCUUCCCAUCCAAUACUUGGUGACUGGUCCAUUCAAGUUCAAGUGAAUGACCAGACCUAUUAUCAGUCAUUUCAGGUUUCAGAAUAUGUGUUACCAAAAUUUGAAGUUACUUUGCAGACACCAUUAUAUUGUUCUUUGAAUUCUAAGAGUUUAAAUGGGACCAUCAUGGCAAAGUAUACGUAUGGGAAGCCAGUAAAAGGAGAUGUAACACUUACAUUCUUACCUUUAUCCUUUUGGGGAGUGAAGAAAAAUAUUACAAAACAUUUUAAGAUAAAUGGAUCUGCAAACUUCUCUUUUAAUGAAGAAGAGAUGAAAAAGGUAAUGGAAUUUUCAGAAGGGCUUUAUGAACGUGUGGAUCUUUCUUCCCCUGGGCCAGUAGAGAUUUUAGCCACAGUGACAGAAUCACUUACAGGUAUCUCUAGAAAUGCAAGCUCCAAUGUGUUUUUCAAGCAACAUGAUUAUAUGAUUGAAUUUUUUGAUUAUGCUGCUGUGUUGAAGCCAUCUCUCAACUUCACAGCCACUGUGAAGGUAACCCAUUCUGAUGGGAAUCAGUUGACUCCAGAAGAAAGAAGAAAUAACGUAGUCAUAACAGUGACACAAAGAAACUAUACCAACUACUGGAGCAGAUGGAGUACUAGAAACCAGGAAAUGGGAGCUGUCCAGAUCAUGAAUUUCACUGUCCCCCCAAAUGGAAUCUUUAAGAUUGAAUUCCCAAUUCUGGAUGAUUCCAAAGAGCUGCAAUUGAAGGCCUAUUUUCUUGAUAGUGUAAGUAGUAUGGAAGUUCGUGGAAUGUUUAAGUCUCCUAGUAAGACAUACAUCCAGCUAAAAACAAGAACUGAAAAUAUAAAGGUGGGAACACCUUUUGAAUUGGUGGUGAGUGGCAACAAACAAUUGAAGGAGCUAAGCUAUAUGGUAGUAUCCAGAGGACAGUUGGUGGCUGUAGGCAAACAGAAUUCAGCAACCUUCUCUCUAACACCAGAAAAUUCUUGGGCCCCAAAAGCCUGUAUCAUUGUGUAUUAUAUUGAGGAUGAUGGGGAAAUUAUAAAUGAUGUUCUGAAAAUUCCAGUUCAGCUUGUUUUUAAAAAUAAGAUAAAGCUAUUUUGGAGUAAAGCUAAUGCUGAACCAUCUGAGAAAGUCUCUCUUAGGAUCUCUGUGACACAGCCUGAUUCAGUAGUUGGAAUUGUAGCUGUUGAUAAGAGUGUGAAUCUGAUGAAUGCCUCAAAUGAUAUUACAAUGGAAAAUGUGGUCCAUGAAUUGGAACUUUAUAACACAGGAUAUUAUUUAGGCAUGUUCAUGAAUUCUUUUGCAAUCUUUCAGGACUGUGGCCUCUGGGUAUUGACAGAUGCAAACCUUGUGAAGGAUUACAUUGAUGGAGUCUAUGACAAUCCAGAGGUUGCUGAAAGGUUUUUGGAAGAAAGUGAAGGUUACAUGGUUGAUUUUCAUGACCUUUCAUCAGUUAGCAAUCCACGCAUUAGAAAGCAUUUUCCAGAGACUUGGAUUUGGCUAGACACCAACAUGGGUUCCAAGAUUUACCAAGAAUUUGAAGUUACUGUACCUGAUACAAUCACUUCCUGGGUGGCUACAGCUUUUGUGAUCUCUGAGGACCUAGGUCUUGGACUGACAACUACUCCUGUGGAGCUACAAGCCUUCCAACCAUUUUUCAUUUUUUUGAAUCUUCCUUACUCUGUUAUCAGAGGUGAAGAAUUUGCUUUGGAAGUAACCAUAUUCAAUUAUUUGAAAGAUGCCACUGAGGUUAAGGUAACCAUUGAGGAAAGUGACAAAUUUGAUAUCCUAAUGACUUUGAAUGAAAUGAAUGACACAGGACACCAGCAAACCAUUCUGGUUCCCAGUGAGGAUGGAGCAACUGUUCUUUUCCCAGUCAAGCCAACAUGUCUGGGAGAAAUUCCUAUCACAGUCAGAGCUGUUUCACCCAUUGCUUCCGAUGCUAUUACCCAAAAGAUUGUAGUAAAGGCUGAAGGUAUAGAAAAAUCAUAUUCACAAUCCAUCUUAUUAGACUUGACUGACAAGAAUCUACAAAAUACCCUGAAAACUUUGAGUUUCUCAUUUCCUCCUGAGACAGUGAGUGGUAGUGAAAGAGCUCAGAUCACUGUAAUUGGUUACCAGAGAGAACUUCUUUAUCAAAGGGAAGAUGGCUCUUUCAGUGCUUUUGGGAACAAUGACCCUUCUGGGAGCACUUGGUUGUCAGCCUUUGUUUUAAGAUGUUUCCUUGAAGCUGAUCCUUACAUAGAUAUUGAUCAGAAUGUAUUACAAAGAACAUAUACUUGGCUCAAAGAACAUCAGAAAUCUAAUGGUGAAUUUUGGGAGCCAGGAAGAGUGAUCCAUAGUGAGCUUCAAGGUGGCAGUAAAAGUCCAGUAACACUUACAGCAUAUAUUGUGACUUCUCUUCUGGGAUAUAAAAAGUAUCAGCCUAAUAUUGAUGUGCAAGCGUCUAUCAGCUUUUUGGAGUUGGAAUUUAAUAGAGGAAUUCCAGACAAUUACACGUUAGCUCUUGUAACUUACGCCCUGUCAUCGGUGAGGAGUGCUCAAGCACAGGAAGCUUUGAAUGUGCUAACUCAGAGAGCAGAACAAGAAGGAGGCAUGCAAUUCUGGGUGUCAUCAGCAUUGAAACUUUCUGAAUCUUGGCAGCCAAGUUCUCUGGAUAUUGAAGUUGCAGCCUAUGCACUACUCUCACACUUCUUGCAGUUUCGGGUUCCUGAAGGAAUAGCUAUUAUGAGGUGGCUAAGCAGGCAAAGAAAUAGCUUGGGAGGUUUUGCAUCUACACAGGACACCAUUAUGGCCUUGAAGGCCCUUUCUGAAUUUGCAAGCCUAACACACACAGAAUGGACAACUAUCCACGUGAAAGUGAUGGGGUCUAGUUUACCAAGUCCUGUAAAGUUUCUAAUUGACACACAGAACCGCUUUCUCCUACAGUCGACAGAGCUUCCUGUGGUACAGCCAAUUGAAGUUAAUAUUUCUGCGGAUGGUUUUGGAUUUGCUUUUUGUCAGUUCAAUGUUAUUUAUAAUGUGAAAAAUUCAGAAUCUUCUAGAAGACGAAGAUCUCUUCAAAAUCAAGAAGCCUUUGAUUUAGAUGUUGCUGUAAAUGAUAAUGAAGAUGAUGUCAACCACUUGAAUAUGAGUGUGUGCACAAGGUUUUUGGGACCAGCUAGGAGUGGCAUGGCCCUUAUGGAAGUUAACCUGCUCAGUGGUUUUGCUGUGGCUUCAGAUGCAAUUCCUCUGAGUGAGAUAAUUAAGAAAGUGGAGCAUGAUCAUGGAAAACUCAACCUAUACUUAGAUUCUGUAAAUGAAACCCAGUUCUGCAUUGAUAUUCCUGCUGUGAGAAACUUUAAGGUUUCAAAUACCCAAGAUGCUUCGGUGUCCAUAAUGGAUUACUAUGAACCAAGGAGACAAGCAGUGAGAAGUUACAACUCCAAAGUGAAGCUGUCCUUUUGUGACCUUUGCGGAGAGGUCCAGGGCUGCAGCCUUUGUGAGGAAGUAGCGUCAGGCUCCCUUCAUCACUCUCCAGUCAUUUUCAUUUUCUGCUUCACACUUCUGUACUCUUUGCAACACUGGCUGUGA